AUGCGUCUUCUUGUCGACCCACCGAGAACAAUGAAUAGUGGUUCUAGCAACUUUCUGCUAGUUCCAAUACCGGAGUAUCCCAUUCUAGACUGCGUGCCCAACAAAAACGUUAAGAUCGUGGUUUUAGGAGCGAGCAACGUCGGGAAAACAGGUAGGAGACAUGGUUGAUAACUUUUGGAGAAGUGCGCUGCAGCGCACCGUUAGAAUCUGAAAACCAGAAUCAAUGUGAAAGAGUUAUAUAUUUGAGUUGAUCUAUCAAUUUUAGGCCUAUAAGUAAUUUUCCUAUGCAAAUAGAGAAUGAAGGCUAAAAUGAAAAUAAUUAAUUUGCAUCAGUUUGUGAUAAACGGAUUGGCUACAUAUCCUUUUAUUAUACAGACAAUCCAUGUCAAUUUUUUUUUAAACAAAUUGUACCUAUUACUAUUUCCACCUGUCAUUUAGAUCAGGGGUGUCAAACUCAUUCCAUGGAGGGCCUAGUGUCUGCAGGUGUUUUUAUUUUCUUAAUUUCAGUUAACACCUAGACAACCAGGUGAGGGGAGUUCUUUACAAAUGAGUGACCUUUAAUUCAUCAAUCAAGUACAAGAGAGGAGCGAAAACCCGCAGACACUUGGCCCUCCGUGGAACGACUUUGACACAUGUGACUUAGAUAUUGUAUUAGGCUAUGUCUGUAGGAUAGGCCUCUAGGCUACACACUUUCUUGUGUACCAGUUGGACAGCAAGUGCACUACAUUUGACCAGGGCACAUAGGGGUCUAGUCAAAAGUAGUGCACUAUGUAGGGAAUAGGGUCCAAUUUGGGUCGGGAUGCAGACAGACUGAUGGGAAACUGGUCUAUAUGUAGCCUGCAGUAAUCUCUAUUGUCAACAAUGAAAGAUAAGUAGCCUGCAGUAAUCUCUUAUGUCAACAAUGAAAGAUAUGUAGCCUGCAGUAAUCUCUUAUGUCAACAAUGAAAUAUAUGUAGCCUGCAGUAAUCUCUUAUGUCAACAAUGAAAGAUAAGUAGCCUGCAGUAAUCUCUUAUGUCAACAAUGAAAGAUAAGUAGCCUGCAGUAAUCUCUUAUGUCAACAAUGAAAGAUAAGUAGCCUGCAGUAAUCUCUUAUGUCAACAAUGAAAGAUAAGUAGCCUGCAGUAAUCUCUUAUGUCAACAAUGAAAGAUAAGUAGCCUGCAGUAAUCUCUUAUGUCAACAAUGAAAGAUAAGUAGCCUGCAGUAAUCUCGUAUGUCAACAAUGAAAGAUACAUAGCCUGCAGUAAUCUCUUAUGUCAACAAUGAAAGAUACAUAGCCUGCAGUAAUCUCUUAUGUCAACAAUGAAAGAUACAUAGCCUGCAGUAAUCUCUUAUGUCAACAAUGAAAGAUACAUAGCCUGCAGUAAUCUCUUAUGUCACUACUAACGCCAGGGUAGUGGGUUCGAUCCCCGGGACCACCCAUACACAAAAAAAAUUAUGCACGCAUGACUGUAAGUCGCUUUGGAUAAAAGCGUCUGCUAAAUGGCAUAUUAUUAUUAUUAUUAUUAUUAUUAUUAUUCUCAAGGUUUUUCUCAAUGGACACUCUCGUUGUUUUAUUCACAGCGUUGAUAGUCAGGUUUCUGACCAAGAGGUUCAUCGGGGACUAUGAGGCAAACACGGGUAGGAUUUGUAUCAUUCUCACAGUGCACAUUCAUAUAAUAUCUGUAGUUUCACAUUGUAAUAACCUUGAAAUAGCCACACACUAGUUUACUUAUCUAAAGCCUCCUGUGUUAAAAAAAAAAAAAAAAACGGAUCAGUACAAGGCAUCCUAAUGUGUUGCGUCAUCAUUAAUUUGUUGCAUAUCUAGCCAUAAUGUGUAGUCAGUCAUGUGUUGCUAAUCUCUGUUUCCAGGGGCCCUUUACUCCAGAAAGAUAAAUCUAGAUGGAGAACAGGUCUCACUGCAGGUUCAGGACACACCCUGUGUCUCUCUACAGGUAGGUCUCUCUCUCCACACAAGGCUGCGUCCCAAAUGUCACCCUAUUCCCUAUACAGUGCACUACUUUUCACCAGAUCCUUAUGUGCACUGGGUCAGAAGAAGUGCACUACAAUGGGAGUAGGGUGCCAUUUGGGAUGCCCAUGUGUCUCUCUAGUCUAAAGGGAACUCCUAGUCCUCGCUACAGCCUAGGGGUCUAUCUAACCAGACCUGGGCCAAAUAUAGGUGAAAUACUUUCAAAUGUCAAAUCCUUUAAAUUACAUGCCAAGUCUCCCUUGGGAUAGUGGUCUUCUAACCUCAGUGGGACUCGCUGGUUAAAUAAAAUUUAAAAGUUACAGUAAAUAAAAACAGAGCCUAUUUAUGUAUUUGACCCAGGAGUGGAAACAUCUCCUCGUUUAGCGUUCUUCAUUAUCAGUAAGAAGAUAUCAUGUGACAGUAGACCAGAGCCCCUAUCCACAAAGCCUCUCAGAGUAAAGGCGCUGGUCUACGAUCAGUUUUGCCUUUAGAUCAUAAUGAAUAAGAUUAUAUGGGCAGGUUAGGACCUGAUCCUAGAUCAGCACUCCUACUCUGAUACACUUUGUGAACAUGAGCCUACAGCCAGUAUCAGGGCAUAUCUCAAUGAUCUUUCUCUACUCUCUGUAGUGGUUUUGAUGAUUUCAGUGACUCCCUAAGGUAGUCUCCCAUUCAUUUAUCAAACUCACUUUGAAAACGAACCACCUGUUCAAAGGCCUGGUCUUGUAAACAGACUACAAUCUGAGGUAAAGAGGGCGUUCUGUCUGAGGUAAAGAGGGCGUUCUGUCUGAGGUAAAGAGGGCGUUCUGUCUGAGGUAAAGAGGGCGUUCUGUCUGAGGUAAAGAGGGCGUUCUGUCUGAGGUAAAGAGGGCGUUCUGUCUGUCUGCUCCAUAAUCGCAGAAUAAUAACCAUAAGCAGGCUUCUCAUAAUAACACUAAUAAGUGUAGGAGGGUGGAUGAAAGCAUCACUAGCUACAUCAGUUUGUACCAGUGGGUUUUGAGUAUUAUUGACAGACAGAUGUGACAUGCUAUAUUGGGUUCCUGAGUGGUGCAGCGGUCUAAGGCACUGCAUCUCAGUGCUUGAGGCGUCACUACAGACCCCCUGGUUCGAUUCCCGGCUGUAUCACAACCGGCCGUGAUUGGGAGUCCCAUAGGGCGGCACACAAUUGGCCCAGCGUCGUCCGGUUUUGGCCGGGGUAUGCAGUCAUAGUAAAUUAGAAUUUGUUCUUAACUGACUUGCCUCGUUAAAUAAAGGUUAAAUAUUUUCAUCCUUUCUCCCCUCCAGGACGAUGCAGAGGGGCUAUAUUGUCAGGAGCAGAUCAACAGGUCUAUCUACUGGGCGGAUGGAUACGUCCUGGUGUUCUCCAUUACCGACCACAGCAGUUAUAGAACCAUACAGCCUCUUUACCAGCAUGUCAGACGCAUCCACCCUGCAGGGAACAUACCUGUUAUACUAGUGGGUUUGACUGUUAUAUUACAUAUAUUUGUAAUGGGAGCUUGAUGUUUUUAUUAUUAUUUAACUGUUCUAUUUAAGUCACCCCGUAUGUCCUUGUCAUACUGGUGUCUUCUGUAGCUCAAUUGGUAGAGCAUGGCGCUUGUAACGCCAGGGUAGUGGGUUCGAUCCCCGGGACCACCCAUACGUAAAAAUGUAUGCACACAUGACUGUAAGUCGCUUUGGAUAAAAGCGUCUGCUAAAUGGCAUAUAUUAGAUAGAUAACCUUUGUUUUAUCAGGAAGUAUUUCUGGACAUCGCCUUAACAUUUCUCUAAUCCUUCUCUCCUCUCCUCCCAGGUGGGCAACAAGAAUGACCUCCUCCGUGCCCGCCAGGUGCCGGCUGACGAGGGCGAGACGUUGGCAGCCUCUCUGGGUGGGCCGUACUUUGAGGCGUCUGCCAGGGAGAACCACGAGGGGGUCCACGCCGCCUUCCUGCACCUCUGUGGCGAGGUGAGCCGGGCGCUGGGCGGGGGUAACGGGGAGAAGAGGAGAGGGGGGCUGCACCUGGCCCGGCCCAAGUCACCCAACAUGCAGGAGCUGAAGAGGAGGUUUCGACAGGUGCUCUCCUCUAAGGGGAAGUCUUCCACUAACACCCUGUGA